UCCAGUUUGUCGGGGAUUUCAGCCUCGUCUGCUGUGGCGCGGACUCAGCUUCAAGAGCGUCGGGAUGCAAGCCAGCACUUCGCAGGCCAGCAUCCCCUGGACAUUACAAUAAUGUGAGGCCAACUAGUCAAACCCCACGAAGUACGUGUUUUAUCUUACGUGUUAUGGAAAAGCACGUGCAAAACAGCGUGAGUGUACCUCUAGUGGUGAAGUGACGACUUGGCCAACAGCAAGAAAUAGAUUGGCCAAAAAGCAAAACAAAAAAAAAUAGAAAUAUGCUUUUUGUAAUCGGAAUCCUUUUGGUGGUUGCUGCCUGUUCGGCGUCUCCGGCUGGACAUGCGGCAGCCGUCAUUGCCACCUCAGUAACGGAGACCUUUUCAUCUAUCAAUUCGGACACGAGUACGUUACCAUCUUUGAAGUCCAUUAAGACGUACCGUGCCGGACGUGAAUCGACUUCCUCUCUAGUACGACCAUUUCCUUUUCUGCAAGUGGUACGCUUCUCCAAUGAUGAAUGUACGGCUGAGACUGGAUUUGCGGGAACUUGCUACACCGAAUCCGAAUGUUUGGAGUUGAAAGGUAUGCCUCGUGAAGAGUGCGCUGAUGGGUACGGUAGAUGCUGUCGCAUGACAUAUACGUGCCGAGAAACGAUGCAUCACAAUGUGUCGUACUUCGUGCCGCCCACCUUCCCCAGUGGUGAAGAUAAAGCCAACGUGUGUCCCCUGAAAAUUGCCUUCGAUCCAGAUAUUUGUCAAAUUAGGCUCGACCUUAUUAAAUUUGACAUUCUUGGGCCGCGUGAAGGCGACUGUAUCGACGAUAUGUUUGUAGUGACGGGAGGCAACGCUAACCACAGGCUUCCAGUUAUCUGUGGUGAAAAUACUGGACAACAUAUGUAUAUCAAUGUGGACACAAUGCAGAGUCCAGUAGAACUGCAAAUGAUCACCGGAAUCGAGAACUACGUUCGGGACUGGCGUAUUAAAGUAACCAUGAUUCCAUGUGCUUCACAGCAUCGCGCUCCACUAGGUUGUCUGCAGUACCAAACCGGAAUCACCGGACACGUUCGCAGCUUCAACUUCAAUCAACGGAACGAGACCCGACUAGGUUAUCUCAACGGGGCUGACUACGCCAUCUGCUUCCGACGGGAACGUGAUAUGUGCUCCGUCACGUACUCGGUGCGUACAGAGCCAGACGAUGUCGAAUUGACGCCAGAUUCCAACGAUACAACACCGUAUGGAGCACCUGAAGCAACUUUGAAGGCAGUCCGUGAACCGAGCAUGAAGGUGCCAGCGUUCGGCAUUGCUACGUCGGACGGCAAAACAUUGGACUUUCAGGCGGUGGCAAACGUUGGCGCAUCCAAAUGCACUGGGGAUUACCUCGCCAUACCUGGUUUAGACCGCUUCUGCGGGGGCGCCUUCAAUCAAGCCUCGGGGAGCCGCGAAAGCCAAUCCAUUACAGUGAAGAACGCCGGACCGCUGAUGAUUUUGUUCAAAUCGGACAAAGCAUUUAAUGGACGGGGAUUUAACAUCAAUUUUCAACAGGGACCAUGCACACCACUGCUUACUCAAACCUUCUUCUAGCAUUCGGCCAGGGCUCCAGAAAGCGUCGAGCAGAAGAGGGUAGCAUCUGACGGUGCCACCUCUUCAAUGAGAGGGAGCCCAGUUCCAUUCUCUCUAGCAAGCUUUUUCGGGCCCUACGUCAAGGCAGAGUUUCGUAACUUAGAAGAAGACUCACUAGUGAACGCAACAGCAUUUGCUCAGAGCGAUGCCGAGCUAACACCUUUCAAAGAAGAUCACGGCUCAGGAUUUGAAUAACUGACCCGUGAAACGAGUAAAAAAAACUAGAAUUUCUUCCGCUAUAGUAUAACCCCUUUGUUUUGUCUUAUUGUCUCUAUUAGCCGUAUACGUUAGAGGAGGUACGUCGCCGGCUGAAUGCAUAUGCGUUUGUCGUUAUAGCGUUUCCACUCAACUAACACUGAGAUUGGAGCGCUAUGCAAUGCAGGGAAACAGUCACAGUGACCACUAUGUAUUGAAGUGUUUUCUAGGGCAUAAAUUUAAAUUGUUAUUGAAAAUCUGGAGCUCUACACGCCCAAACUGUACUCGUAUCUUCAGCCUGCGAGCCUCGCCUCAUCCCCAUAUGCCACAAUAUAAUGAUUAACUAGUACGCAAACAUAGUACCAUUACGUGUAUAUGAAACAAUUUCCGCCAGUUAUCAACCUUAUAUCGAAUCUUGCGUAAACUUAAGGAAUCCUGUGAACAUCUGUAAAUCCUAGAUCGUCAGUCUAUUGUAUAUUUGUUCAUAAUAGUGUACAAUGCAUUAGGCUGUGUAUAAGUGCUCCAUUGGUUCGUAAAAAUGACAAUCGAUAAUAACAAACUGAUGACGGUGACAAUUAGAAUGGAUUCAUUUGUACUUUUUGCUCAUUGAUCACCAUUGUUUUUAGGUGGCGUAAAGUUCUUGCGUCAGGUUUCAUGAAAUACACCUUUUGUACUUACUGUUAACCGUUGAAUCAACACUGCCAUUAUUAUUAUUACCGAUUAUCCAUUUUUAAUAGUUGCACCAUUAUGCUAUUAUGAGUCUAUGUAUAUGAUGAUAACGUCAUAACUAUGGAUCGACUAUGACACAACAAAUGUGCCGCGCCAUUAGGUAGACCCAGUGAUGAUCUCAGCUUGCCUGAUCUCAAACGCAGAUGAAGAUACCCCGAGUGAGUGCAGUACCUUGUCUUCAGGAGUCCGACCACAAUGGCGACCGGACAAGAACUACUAGCGCGAAAACUUAUCCGCCUCUUCUUGCAUGUGAAGAAGACGAUACAGUUAUAAUCAUAUUAUUUCAUGUUUAGCUGCUAGCUUUUGCACAGUUUGGAACCGACUCAUGUUCUGCACGAUAAUGACAUGUCUAAUGACGAUACUUCUCGUGAGAGAGUGACGAAUAAUCGGCUCAUGAGCAAAUCGUAAAGUCGAUAGCCCGCAUACUUGGAAUUUGGUAAAAAAAAAAAAGUUGAAAUUGUCCAUGGAUUUAUCACGUUUUGAACGUAAAAAUUAUAUUGGACAGGGAAAAACAAAAAUUAUUAAAGCAAUAUAAACUCUCAUGAUAUAGUCACGGCUAUCAGUUUGCUAACGUAUUUACGAGUAAGGAAGACGCAAUGAUAAUUGGCAUAACAGUCGUAGAUAAAAAUUUACCUAAUAUUACAACCUGAAUUUCAAUCAAUAAAACAUUGGCAAUCAUUCGCUGUGUUCUUGUACUUUCAGCUAGGUAGAAUCAAAAUGAACGAAG